CAGUGGUGGUGCUGCUCCUCCCUCCCUCCCUCUUCACACUGCACAGCUCUGCUUUCUUCCUCCCUCCACUCUAGAGGAGAGGAGAGGUGCUUCACUUUCCCCAUCCCCUCUGUCUGUCUGUCUGUCUGUCUGUUUUACUACUACUCCAGUGGAGUGCUAUAAUCAAUCAAUCACCCAGAUGGAUAGAUUGAAGAGGAGGCCAUCAUCUCCAUGUACAUCUCUGGGAGGGGCAGGCUACUGAUCCACCAUAGAUAGAUAGAUAUAUGCUUACGUAGCAACCAAGCAAGUAAGAAACACCGACGUGACGGCCGGCGACCACUGGUCUGCUCCGAUAGGCAGAGCAGCCGGGCGGCUAGCAAGGCCACAAUACAAUGGCCGCCGAGACUCCUCCAACGCAACACCGCUCCUCCUCUUCCUCUUCAUCUUGCUGCUACCUGCACCGGCGGCGGCGGCUUCCUCUUCUUCUUCAUCUUGCUCGGCUUUACAUCAUCUUGUUCUUCUUCUGCUCCUCCUUCCCCGCCGUGUCACGAGCUCAGAUGCCUGGCUUCCUCAGCAUCGACUGCGGCGGCGCCGCCAACUACACGGACGCCCGGGGCCUGCGCUGGACCUCCGACGCCGGCCUCAUCGCCACCGGCACCCCCAUCUCCACCCCCAACACCUCCAGCACCGACACCCAGUACGCCACGCUGCGCGCCUUCCCGUCCGACGGCGCCAAGCACUGCUACGCCCUCCCGGUCGCCACCCGCGCGCGCUACCUGCUGCGGGCCACCUUCCUCUACGCCGGCUUCGACGGCGACGACGCCUUCCCGGAGUUCGACCUCUACCUCGGCGCCACCCGCUGGUCUCCCGUCGUCGUCUACGACGGCGCACGCCUCGUCACAAGGGAAGCGGUCGUCCUGGCGCAGUCCUCCACCGUCUCCGUCUGCCUCUCCAACGCCACCACCGGCCGGCCCUUUAUAUCCACCCUAGAGCUCCGGCCGCUCAACGGGUCGCUGUACCGCACCGACGCGGAGGCCCGCGCCUUCCUCGCCCUCGCCGCCCGCAUCAACUUCGGCGCCCCCUCGCCGGAUCCCGUCAGGUAUCCUGAUGAUCCGUACGACCGGAUAUGGGAAUCGGACAUGGUCCGGCGGGCCAACUACCUGGUCGACGCGGCGCCCGGCACCGUCAACGUGUCCACCGACAAGCCGGUGUUUGUCGCCACGAGCGAGAGGCCGCCGGAGAAGGUGAUGCAGACCGCCGUCGUAGGCACCCUUGGUGAGCUCACCUAUCGGCUCAACCUCAACGGCUUUCCGGGGGAUGGCUGGGCCUUCAGCUACUUCGCUGAGAUCGAGGAGUCCGUCGUCCCCGAGACGCGCAAGUUCAAGCUCUUCAUCCCUGGCCUACCUGACGUUAGCAAGGCCACCGUCGACGUCGGUGAGAAUGCUCCUGGGAAGCUACGGCUCUACCAGCCGGGCUACUAUAACGUGUCACUACCCUUCGUGCUGUCAUUCGCGUUCAGAAAGACCAACGACUCGUCCAGGGGACCCAUUCUCAACGCAUUCGAGAUCUACAAGUAUGUCGAGAUUGAGCCCGGGUCCCCGGACGCACUGGCCAUGGCAAGCCUCGCGUCGCGGUACACGUCCUUGGGUGAUUGGGCCAACGAAGGCGGCGAUCCCUGCUGGCCCUCGCCGUGGUCCUGGGUCAGAUGCUCCUCAGAACCACAACUAAGAGUGGUUUCAAUAAAUCUUUCAGGGAAGAACUUGACAGGGGGCGUACCUCCGGAACUAGUGGCUUUGUCAUUCUUAGCAGAAAUCCGACUUGAUGAUAACAUGCUGACGGGUCCGAUUCCAGACCUCGCCGCCUCUUCGAACCUCUCAAUCAUUCACUUUGAGAACAACCAGCUUACUGGCAGUGUACCUUCAUAUUUGAGCAGCUUGCCCAAGCUCACCGAGCUCUAUCUUCAGAAUAACAAGCUGUCUGGGUAUAUCCCCAAGGCUCUGAAAAGCAGAGGCAUUAUUUUCAACUAUGCUGGCAAUAUGGACCUGAAAAGGCAGGGAAUCAAGAGAAGCCACCUGGUAAUCAUCAUAUCUGCGCUGCUUGGAGUAUCCUUGUUGCUUGCAGUUUCCCUCUGUUGCUACGUGCUGACACGCAAAGCCAACAAGAAGAGCUCACCACCAGAAGAUGACCUUACAAAGGCGGCCCCGCCCGCACACAAGCUGCACAAGUCAGACGCGCCGUCAUGCGAAAUCGCCACCGAGACUUGCCAUCCCUUCAGAUUAUGCGACCUCGAAGCGGCGACCAAGAAUUUUGAGAACAGGAUUGGUUCCGGGGGUUUCGGGAUAGUGUACUACGGGAAGCUGCCGGACGGAAGGGAGAUCGCGGUGAAGGUGCCGACGAAUGACUCGUACCAGGGGAAGAAGCAGUUCACGAAUGAGGUGUCCUUGCUGUCAAGGAUACACCACAGGAACCUGGUGGCGUUUCUAGGUUACUGUCAUGAAGACGGAAGGAACAUCCUGGUGUAUGAGUUCAUGAUGAAUGGGACUCUCAAAGAGCAUCUCCAUGGGCGUGACAAACAUAUUAGCUGGAUUCAGCGACUUGAGAUUGCAGAGGAUUCAGCAAAAGGGAUCGAGUACCUUCACAGCGGGUGCACGCCGUCGAUCAUCCACCGGGACAUCAAGACGAGCAACAUCCUGCUGGACAAGCAGAUGCGGGCCAAGGUGUCGGACUUUGGUCUGUCGAAGCUGGUCGCGGAGGAGUCCCACGCGUCCACCAACGUCCGCGGCACGCUGGGCUACCUGGAUCCACAGUACUACAUCUCCCAGCAGCUGACGGAGAAGAGCGACGUGUACAGCUUCGGGAUCAUCCUGCUGGAGCUCAUCUCGGGGCGGCCGCCCAUCUCGGCCAUGACCUUCGGCGACCACUUCCGCAACAUCGGGCCAUGGGCCAAGUUCUACUACGAGAGCGGGGACAUUGAGGCGGUGGUGGACCCGGCCAUCUCCGGGGAGUACCGGGACGUGCACUCGGUGUGGAAGGUGGCGGAGACGGCGGUGCGGUGCAUCGACGCGGACGCGAGGAGGCGCCCCUGCAUGGCGGAGGUGGUGAAGGAGGUGCAGGAGGCGAUUGCGCUGGAGCGUCCCCCGAGCGAGGCGUCGGCGUUGGAGCGGAGGGCGUCGUUCCCGUUCUCGCCGGCGGGGGCUCGGUCGGGCACGGUGCGGUCCCACGACAUGAUCAUGGACAACCUGAUGCGGGAGGAGGACGAGUCGUCCUCGUUCCCCAACACUCUCCGCCACCCCGAGCUGCGCUGAUCCAAGAUGAAGGAAACUUUGGCUUGGAACUGGCUCAAAAUAUUCUCUCUCUCUUCCCUGGAGUUUUGAUGAUGAUUUGUAAUUUGUAAACUAAUAACUGGUAUAGGAGUAGGGCACUUGGCUAUUUAUUUUAGACACACACACACACUUUCCAAAAAAAAAGAUUUGGUAUUUUUUAGAACAAAAAAGUCUCUUUUACGGGUA